UUUGAGAGCAGGGGAUUUAGAGACUUUGGGGAUUUAUGAGUUCAGAGAGAAGGAGGAGGAGGAGAGAGCAGAAGAGACAGAAAGGUCAGCAUCUUGCCUGCUGAAGUUAGUUACAUUAUAGUCAGAGCUGCGACACUAGCAGAGAAAACGGGAAGUUUUCUCAACAGGCUUUGAAUCCAUCAGUGGGAAAGGGUGGAAAAGAGGAAGACAGUCAAACAAACGAUCUCUGAGAAAUAAGCAGAACCUUCAGUCUUGCAGUAUUGAGGCAUCAUGACACAGCAGGUCAGCGGCUCACCGUCCCUCAAGCCCUUCUUCCUGAAGACGCCUGUCAGAGUGGUCAGCCCUCUGCGACAAAGACGACACACGCUCCCCGCCAGCGAGUUCAGGAACCUCACGCCACAGGACGCUAUCAGUGUGUUUGAGAUCGAGAGAGAAGCAUUUGUCUCUGUGUCUGGAGAGUGUCCACUUACCCUGGAUGAGGUGCUUAACUUCGUUAGUCAGUGCCCUGAGCUUUCGCUGGGUUGGUUUGAGGAGGGGCAGCUUGUAGCUUUCAUCAUCGGCUCUGGCUGGGACAAGGAGAGGCUUUCACAAGAGGCUAUGACUCAGCACGUCCCAGACACCCCCACUGUGCACAUCCACGUGCUGUCGGUGCACCGUCACUGUCGCCAGCAGGGCAAGGGCUCCAUCCUCUUGUGGCGCUACUUGCAGUACCUGCGCUGCAUGCCGGGCCUCCGCCGAGCUCUGCUGAUUUGCGAGGACUUCCUGGUGCCCUUCUACCUCAAGGCCGGCUUCAAAGAGAAAGGGCCGUCAGCCAUCUCCGUGUCCACCAUGCACUUCCUCGAGAUGGAGUACACGCUCGGUGGGCAGGCAUACGCAAGACGGAACAGCCGCUGGUAGUCCCUCAGAAAGCCCUAAGCUGCCCUUACUCUGCUUACUCACCUCUAAAAUGGACUCAGGGCAGAAAAAGAUUAAGAAAAAACAGCUGACAGACAGACAGAAGCACAGGGCCAGUAUUAACCAGUGGACUGGGUUCAGCAUACCAAUGUCAGCAGCUCACAGUAUCCCUGGACUCCCUGAACAAGGAGUAAAGGACUAUAUGUGCAGCCACAGGACAACAAGAGUGGAUUCACGUCCUCAUGCAAAGAAAUGAACCAGUGGCUUUGCAGAUGUAUAUCAGACAUCAAAUUAUAUUCCUUUUGUUACCAGUAGAAUAACAGCUUUGUAAUCUUAAAAUUAUUAUUUGUUUAAUUCACACUUCACGGUUUGUAAUCAAGGCAAUCAACAGAAAAUGUCAUAUAAAUGUAUUAAAUCUUGACUGACAUGAGUACUAAGUUCUAUUUUUGUAAACCACGUAAAUCAAAAAGUGAUGAAUUCAGUGUCAUUACUGUAAGAAAGUUUCAUUUGAGGACCUACAUACUGAUCUUGCAGCCACUUACAAUGCUUGAUUUGUCAACUGAAAAAUCUGUAGCAUAAAUUUUCUGUUUCUAUGUUGCUUAACUUGAAUAAAUUCCUCUUCAAAGAAAAAAGUCACAGACCAUUUUAAUUUGUAGAUUUUUUUUACUGUUGUUUUUUCAGUUACAUGUGAGUAGACAGGUAGCUAAAACACUACCGUGUUCAAAAACAAUCAUCACUUCUUGAGAAGCAAUAAACAAAUAAAAGAAAACAUUCGAGUGCUCAGCAUAAUGUAACAAAAAUAUGGCAGUAGUUGGUACAUUUAUCAACAAGGCACCAAAGGUAUCAAUAUUUGAUUUUCGUCCCUGCUUCUGUAUGAGGUUGCCUGAAUAAUAAUAAAACCUAUGUCUGGAGUGUGAAUGUAAAAAAAAAAUAAAAUCCUUCUCUCUGUACCAGCGCUGGUUUCUCUAAUUCCUGCCUCAUGUGUAAAGGGCAGUAGGGAGCUUUGAUGAGGUUCAGAAGUGCCAUACCUUUGUUUCACUGGACAGUGAAGGAGUGACAAUGACUGUCGGUGAACAGGGAGGUGAUUAAAGGAAGUUCUUAGGGUGAGUGGCAUAGGUAUUCAUACUGACAGAGUUUAAAAAAAAAAAAAACACAAGCAUAUUGUCAAAGUU